CCUCCCCGCGCUUGCGUGCUAUGCCAAGGCUGCAAGGCGCUGAGGGGAGAGGCGCCGCCGUCAGUGCCGCCGCCGCUGGGACCCGUUAGAGCGGAAGCGCCGCCGCCGCCGCCUUUGCUGUCCCCGGGCCUCUAGUUCCCGGCAGGUGGGAGGCGGGAGCCAUGUCGAAACGGCUCCGGAGCAGCGAGGUGUGCGCUGACUGCAGCGGGCCGGAUCCUUCCUGGGCAUCAGUAAAUAGGGGAACGUUUAUAUGUGAUGAGUGUUGCAGUGUCCAUCGGAGUCUAGGGCGUCAUAUCUCCCAAGUGAGGCAUCUGAAACACACACCAUGGCCUCCAACAUUGCUUCAGAUGGUUGAGACCUUGUAUAAUAACGGUGCUAACUCUAUAUGGGAGCAUUCUUUGCUGGACCCUGCGUCUAUUAUGAGUGGAAGACGUAAAGCUAAUCCACAGGAUAAAGUACAUCCCAAUAAAGCAGAAUUCAUCAGAGCCAAGUAUCAGAUGUUAGCAUUCGUCCAUCGCUUGCCCUGCCGGGAUGAUGAUAGUGUGACUGCCAAAGAUCUUAGUAAGCAACUCCAUUCAAGCGUGAGAACAGGGAAUCUUGAAACCUGUUUGAGACUGUUGUCUUUAGGAGCACAAGCCAACUUCUUUCAUCCUGAAAAAGGAAACACCCCACUCCAUGUUGCCUCCAAAGCAGGGCAGAUUUUACAGGCUGAAUUAUUAGCAGUAUAUGGAGCAGACCCAGGCACACAGGAUUCUAGUGGGAAAACUCCUGUUGAUUAUGCAAGGCAAGGAGGGCACCAUGAGCUGGCAGAGCGCCUUGUGGAAAUACAGUAUGAGCUGACGGACAGACUAGCCUUCUAUCUCUGUGGCAGGAAACCAGAUCACAAAAAUGGACAGCACUUUAUAAUACCUCAAAUGGCAGACAGCAGCCUGGAUUUGUCUGAAUUGGCAAAAGCUGCUAAGAAGAAACUUCAGUCUCUAAGUAAUCAUUUGUUUGAAGAACUUGCCAUGGAUGUGUACGAUGAAGUUGACAGGCGAGAGACGGAUGCAGUCUGGCUUGCCACGCAAAACCACAGCGCCCUGGUAACUGAGACAACGGUCGUCCCCUUUCUUCCGGUCAAUCCUGAGUACUCAUCAACACGAAACCAGGGCAGACAGAAGUUAGCUCGGUUCAACGCCCAUGAGUUUGCCACACUGGUCAUUGACAUUCUCAGUGAUGCCAAGAGGAGACAGCAGGGCAGUUUUCUCUCGGGUUCAAAAGACAAUGUGGAGCUCAUACUGAAAACAAUCAAUAACCAGCACAGCGUUGAGAGUCAAGACAACGACCAGCCCGACUAUGACAGCGUGGCAUCAGACGAAGACACAGAUUUGGAAACCACUGCAAGCAAAGCAAACCGGCAGAAGAGCCUAGAUUCAGAUUUAUCAGAUGGACCAGUCACUGUACAGGAAUUUAUGGAGGUCAAAAACGCUCUAGUGGCUUCUGAGGCCAAGAUACAGCAGCUAAUGAAGGUGAAUAACAACUUGAGUGACGAGCUGAGAAUUAUGCAGAAAAAGCUUCAAACACUCCAGAGUGAAAAUUCGAACCUCAGGAAACAGGCCACAACCAAUGUAUAUCAGGUGCAAACUGGUUCUGAGUACACAGACACUUCCAACCACUCUUCCUUAAAGAGACGUCCGUCUGCCCGGGGCAGUAGGCCCAUGUCCAUGUACGAGACCGGAUCAGGUCAGAAACCGUAUCUCCCAAUGGGAGAAGCGAGCCGCCCUGAAGAGAGCAGGACGAGACUCCAGCCCUUCCCCGCACACAUCGGGAGGAGUGCGUUUGUGACCUCCUCUUCAUCUCUGCCUUCCUUCCCCUCCACACUUUCCUGGUCGAGGGACGAAAGCACCCGAAGGGCAUCCAGGCUGGAGAAGCAGAACAGCACACCUGAGAGUGACUACGACAACACUCCCAAUGACAUGGAGCCAGAUGGCAUGGGGUCAAGCCGAAAGGGACGGCAAAGAAGUAUGGUGUGGCCAGGUGAUGGCUUGGUACCAGACACAGCAGAACCCCAUGUGGCCCCAAGCCCCACUCUCCCUAGCACCGAAGAUGUCAUCAGGAAGACUGAACAGAUCACCAAAAACAUACAGGAGCUCUUAAGAGCAGCCCAAGAAAAUAAACAUGACAGUUAUAUUCCCUGCUCAGAGAGGAUACACGUAGCUGUUACAGAAAUGGCAGCAUUAUUCCCCAAAAAACCCAAGUCUGACAUGGUGAGGACUUCCCUUCGUUUACUGACGUCCAGUGCCUACCGAUUGCAGUCAGAGUGCAAAAAGACCCUCCCAGGGGACCCCGGCUCACCCACAGACGUCCAGCUGGUCACUCAGCAGGUCAUCCAGUGUGCGUACGACAUCGCCAAGGCUGCCAAGCAGCUGGUCACCAUCACCACCAAAGAGAACAACAACUGACAAAGGCAGGGUGUCACCUCCUCUGUUUUCUAGGCUUUAUAAAGUCCAAUUUCAAAUUCAGACACAGAACUCUUCAGAUUUCUACAAAAAAAAAUUUAAUGAUGGUUUAAAACUUUUUAAAAGAAAACUCAGUAUUAUUUUUGCAUGUUUUCUAACCAAUUUUCAACUAUUUAACCCACUUGCCUUAUUUUGUGCCUAUUUGCUGGUUUAGUUUCUGAUGUUCGGUUGUGUUGUCAAUAACUGUCGAGUUGAUCACAUACAUCCAAAAGAAUAGUUUCAUUGUCUAAAGUUUGUGAAAACUUUUCCAUCCCUUAAAACUCCCUGCCUAUGGCUAAAACUAUAAAUGAAAUUUUUCAUAAAA